GCUCGUCACCCGGUCCCGAAGCGUCUCCGAACCGCCGGAAGCGCUACCGUGUCCAACGAACGCUAGCUCGAGAGCGGCUCGUCUUCGAACGUAACGGGGUGCCGCUGCCGCUGUGCCCGUUAUCGCUCGCUCGCUCGCUCGCUCGGGACAUGUCAGCUGUCCGCCGUCAGUCUCCCCCAAAAAACAGACAAAGCAUUGAAAUGUUGUGGAAGCGAAAACGAACGAGGUCGAACGACGUGACGACAGAUGGCAGCUGCCGUCCGAUAAUGGAACUGGCGGCCGCACGGGUCGGCACUCUGACCGUCCGUCCAUCUGAGCGCCGCCUUCGCGUCAAGCGAUGCUUUAUUAGCCCUCUGUGAUGUCAUGCGUUUUAUUUCCGGACCCUAGGUCGCCCCGAGACGAGCCCGACGAGCCGUCCUUCUCGGCACCGUCAUCAUUUAUCAUACGUAGGUGGGAGUAGGCCAACGGUGACGCCGCAUGUCAAAUCACUGUUGAUUCCCUACUGCACACGGGUAGCCCUGCCCGCCGAACCGUCUUCUCUCUUCCUAUGCUUAGCCUCGGCACACUUUCGAGUUCUCUAGCAUGUACUGUAUUCGCUCAUGUUUGCGUGAGGCCAUUCCCCACCUUUGUUCCCUUCAAUUUGGCCGCUGUCCAUCCAGCUGCAUUUAUGGACAAUGUAAACAACCACAAAGGGGAGUAUUCCAAAACACCCCCGUGGCACAGUAAAACUGUUUCUGCAUCGAAAGAUAUUCCCAUCUUCCGUGCCGUUUCUCAAAGCAGUUAACAGUACAGCUGGAAAAAAGACAAAAUGUGCAGUCGUGUACUUCGAGCCUCACUGCAUUAUAGAGUUCUAGUAUGACAUUUGUUUUUAUAGGCCGAAGGCCGUCGAGGCACCGCUUAAGUCGUCGUUUUUCUUGCGGAAUGUAACUUUGAAAUCCUACCUACCCGCCCUGUCAAUCGAUCGUCUCAAGCCUCGCUGUCUACGUAACACGGGCCGAUACCUAUCCAUCCUCGGAGCGCCGUUUUUCAUUUUUUACAUCGGGGCCGACGCGUUCGUCACGGAUUUACUGGCACCCGCGUUACCGGUAGCUUACGAGUUAGCCGGCCGUGGUGUCCGCUCGUUGAUGUCAUUCAUAAUUGGAUGAAAUGAUGACUUGUAAAAUUGACUAUCAUUUAUCUACUUAACCGUUGAUUUGAUGUGUGUACAAAUGACGUAGAGAAAAAAAAGGUCACACUUGCUACAACAACACCAUACGAGAGUCUCUUCAACACGACUGUAGAAGAUGGCGCGUCGUGCACGCGGGCCCGUUCGCAGGGUGUUAAAAUGGAGCCUACCUGAGCCUUUUCAACUUCCGCAGAUCGGCACCGGAGGCCAGCUGUAAAACCCGGCCACCUAGCCGCAAGGUCCCGUUCGGUAGCGGAGGACAUAUGUCGCCCUCAAAAUAAAGCUGCUGGAAAUUUUGAAUUUGGAACGUGUGGCGAGACCGUAACAAUUGUGGAGGGGGGAGAGAUUAUUUUUUGUUUUCUACUGCAAUCGUUAAAUCUUAAUUUCUCGGAUCCGGCCGGCCGACGUCGCGGAGGGUUUGCCCGCUUCUUUUUUACGCCACGGAUCGGAAGCCGGCGUUCUGUCGAUGGACGCGACCCGAUCAAAGUAAGCUCCCCGUUGUCGACGGCGGUGCAACUGGAGCGCAGUUGUUCUUCAGAUUCGGUGGCCAGUAGGCACGUUGUGUUGCACAAGUUCUGAAAUAAAUGAUUACAAACCUGGUGAAGCGAAGCUGGCGAUUUUUUUUGGGUGAUGUUGCAAUAAUAAUGGUCUCCUUAACUUAUAAAGACUGGCGAACAGAGGUCGGAGGAGGACCGUCGAGAUCGUAGACGCUCUACAGCCGUGUUGUCGAGCCAGUUCACGGACUCUCAUAUUUUUCUAUCAUUUCCAUCAUCAUUUCAAUGGUAAGCCUCACCUUUUUUCACCACCUGUACUAACAUUCUUGGAACCCAUGUGGAUUUCUCUUACAAGAAAACCCGCCGUGCGAGAAAACUAAGAAACGGCGGCGCCGUCAUAAAUCGUCCUAUUUCGAGCAUUUCGUCGAAUGUAGAAACGGACGGCGAGCCAAAUUUUACGUCGGAUGUCGAAAAGAUCACGUGUCGAAUAGGGCUGGGCGAUAUGGCCUUAAGUUCGUAUCGCGAUAAAUUGAGCAGAUUUACCUCGAUAACGAUAAAUGACGAUAAAUUCGCCCAAGCGGACUGUUAUAUAAUUUGAAAAUUUGAAUCAUUGCAUUGAAUGCAAAUGAACCCUUUCUCGUUAAAUUUAUUUACCAGCUUUCAAUUUAACAAUUGCACAUGCAGUCUAAACAUUAAGUAUUAAAAAAAAUCUUGUCGACAAUAAGAAUUCCAGUGUGAACAUUUAUAGCAGCUUGUAUGACUUGAAAAAUGUACAACGUUAUAAAAAUCAAUAUGACGACUGUGCAAACAUGUCAUUCUAACACACAGGUGUCAAACCGAUUCCAGAAAGGGCCAAGUGGGUGCUGGAUUUUGUUCCAACCGAUACCGUGCAGAGAGUUUAACCAAUGAACUUCCGACUGAAACAAGCAACACCUGACAAAGUUUAACUGAUUACACAUGUAAAAGAUCUGAUUGGUGAAAAGGUGUCCUCUUUAUUGGUUGGAAAGCAAACCUGCACCCACUUGGCCCUUUCUGGAAUCGCUUUGACACAUGUGUUCUAACACAAAUGACUUGCGGCUUUAACAGUACAUUUCAGACAACUUAUUGGUAAUGGCUGCUGUGACAUAAUUAUUCAACACAAGUGUUUACGUCAAGGUUUCAGGUUCCCCCCCCCCCCCCCCCCCGAAACAUUUUUUAAUACAUGCACCCCUCCCCCCACAGACACAACCAGAUUAAAGCUGUAUUGCUCUGAUGCCAAUGAAACAUUUAAGGUUUUUAUGAUGGCAGAAUAAAGCAAAAACAUACAGAAAAAUAGCUGUGGCCAUUAAACUGUCAUCGCUAUAUAAGUAUAACACCAUAACACCAUAACCAUAUUAUAUAUAGGCUUCACUGUUGGAUUAAAUUUUAUGCUGAGUGCUUUACCAUCAUGAAAGCUUUCAGCGAAAUCACACAGAGAUGCCAAAUAACGCGACAUAAUGAUAGCUACAUGAAGUCCGUGCCCAGUCCACUCAUUAAUUUCAGCCGUUUCGACAAGGUUAGAGCCGCUAUCCGACUCUCUCAUGUUCAUUUGUAGCCGCUGUUAGCCGCUAGCGUUAGCCUGUGGCUUGGCUACCAGAAGAAAGCACUGAAAGCAUCCUCUCCUGAAAUCGUGAGAACCAGGGAGGACAGCUGGUGAAAGCCCGUCUGGAACCCGCCAAGAGUUUACUUAAUGUCAGGUGAAAGUUUGGCGAAGCUAACUUAAGCCCGACUCCAUCCCGUUGACUUGUAGCGUUAGCCGCUGGCGUUAGCUUACCGGGCGUCAGUUUGUUUGGCUUCCUGAAAACCACGUGACUCCAUACGUAAACACGCUGUCUGCUUUCUUAAAGGGGAAUGAACAUAGCCAAACAACACAGAGUCAAAGCGGGAUGAAAAGACUAUAUUUUCUCGUUCUAUUAAAUUACCGAAUUUGCCGACAUGGUCCAAAUUAGGUCGGUCAUCGUGAAGAAUUUCGGUGACGGUAAAUUUUCGGUUUACCGCCCUGCUCUAGUGUCGAAGCGACGGUACGUCGAGGUAAGUACCCCUGUACGUGAUUGCUGACGUGGGUUAGCGGUCCAAAGGGACUGGAAAAAUAAAUGCACUUCAAAAAUAGAACUCGCUUGCAUCAACGACGUCGGAGUCACAAUGGUACUUCGCGUCGAUUGACAUUUGACCUGCCAUAACCCUCGGAGGGGGAGGGGAGAGGAGAGGACGGGCGGGAUGCGGCGGCCACGCACAGCCUUGCUCGGUAGGGCUUCAGAGUACUAUUGGACGGGGAGCUGAAAUGGAGAGAAGUUAGGCAAACCCGCACGCCCGUCUCGUGACCCGCGCCCCCAAAGGCCCUUUUGUGCUGCGACUUUUAUCCGUACGCCCGCACAUGGAACUCUAGACCAACAGAGAGACAAACGCGCACACACUUUCACACAUAAGAGGAAGUGCAGCGAAGAACUUUCCACUUCCUCCUUACACGACCGCUACGUCGUUUCAUCACACCGGAGCGUCAAACAGGAAACACCUGAAGGCGGCCUUCCUUUUUGACACUUUUGACUUCCGGUCGGCGGCAGCCGGUCAGUGCUUUUCGAUCAAAUCCUAAGUUUUUCAAACUGAUUUUUUUCAAUGAUUUUUUUGCGUCAUCGAAGCGCCGAUACGCUUACGAAAGCGAGCGCGGCCGCGGUUUGCUCGCCGCCCCAAACAAACCCUGGAGGCAAAGCGGCCGGCGACUUUCCAGGUCUAGCGCCGCCAUUUUAGCCCCCAAAUCUUGUCCUUUAAUGCCCUUUUAUAAAUGCUAUGGCCUAUUACCAGGCUUUAUGCUCUGUGUUUUUAUACGCAUGUGUGCGCGUGGGGAGAGUGGAAAGCAAUUUCAUCUGUGCUGUAUGUUCUACGUAUAUGCAUAUUUGACAGUAAAGCUGAACUUGAACUUGAUUCUAUUCAACACCUGCCCGCCCGCUCGGAGAGGAAAAAAAAGCUAGAAAGCAUGGAAAAUGGGAGAUUUAGGCCAUUUCGAUGGAAAAGAUCUCUAAAAUCACUGGUUGACGAGAAAAGUAGUGUCCCCGUCAAUCAACGGAUUGAUUUAUCUCCGCGAGCCUGCGAUUAGCAUCGGCGGGAAGAAAAAGUUAUGCCCGUCCUCACCGGGGAAGGAAAAAAAAAAACCCUAAACAAGUGAAGACAAGAAAAAGAGCAGAAACAUAACAGCAAAAGGCGGCGGCGGCGGCAUGACGGAGGACAAAUGCCCCCAGCUGGUGGACUACUUUGUGGUGGCGGGCCUGGACCCGGCGGGGGGGCCCUGGCGACCGCUGGACGACGACGGCAGGGCCGGCGCGCCCGCGGCCAGGGGAGCCGAACCCGUCACCGACCUGGCGGUGAUCGCCCGGGGCCUGGGCGAGGAGGUGCCCCAGGGUUUCACCUGCAUCGACAAGUCGCUGGGCGGUCACUCGGCCGAGCUGAGCGGGGGCCUCAUCAACAACCCGCGGCUCUACCUCUGCUACAGGAGGGGCCGCGACAAACCCCCCGUCCUUGACAUCGGGGUACUGUACGAGGGAAAGGAGCAGCUGAAGGCGGGCUGGUUCGUGAUCGAGACCACGCCGUACAGCCGCUCGGCAAGCCUGAGUUCAGGCGCCGGCCCGGCGGCGCACCGCGUCUUCCUGACGUACCGCCGCGCACCGGACGGCGCGCGGGACCUGCGCUCGCUGGGCGUCACCGACGUGGGCGUGCUGCUGCCCGGCAAAGGCGAGGUGGCGCCGCACACGUUCAGCCGCGUCGACAAGAACCUCAACCCCGGCAUGUGGGGUCCCGCCGUGUCGGUGUGCUACAAGCGAGCGGUCGCCAAAGCCAACGCUCUGGUCUACGAGGCGGGUCUACUGAGCCGCUACCCGGCCGACGACCUGGACGCCUUCCCGCUGCCCGACUCGGUGCCGGUCUUCUGCCUGCCCAUGGGCGUGUCCUUGGAGAGCUGGCCCGUCGACGCCAAGUAUCAGCUGCCCGUCUUCUCCACUUUUGUGCUCACCACGGCCAGCGGCGACAAGGUGUACGGCGCGGCCAUCCAGUUCUACGAGGCCUUCCCGAGAGAGGUUCUGUCGGAGCGCCAGAGCGUGCGUCUGGGCCUGCUCAGUGUGGUGGACCGCCGGCCCGUCCCGGAGCGCGCCCUCCGGGCCAAGAAGAGCAUCUGCGUGCUUUCGCACUGGCCCUUCUUCAGCGUCUUCCAGAAGUUUCUCACCUUUGUCUACCGAUACUCCGUCUCCGGACCCCACGUGCUGCCUCUAGAGAAGCACAUCUCCAGCUUCAUGCACAACGUUCCUUUCCCGUCUCCCCGGCGACCUCGCAUCCUGGUACAGCUUUCGCCGUACGACAACCUUCUUCUCUGCCAGCCCGUCUCCUCGCCGCUCCCCCUCAGCGGCGCCAGCUUCCUGAAGCUCCUCCAGAACUUGGGCCCGGGGAACGCGUGCACGCUUUUGCUGGCCGUGCUGACGGAGCACAAAGUUCUGCUGCACUCGCUGCGACCCGAUGUUCUGACGGCCGUCGGCGAGGCGCUGGUCUCGAUGACCUUCCCUCUGCGUUGGCUGUGUCCGUACAUCCCGUUGUGCCCGCUCCAGAUGGCCGAAGUGCUGCUGGCGCCCGUGCCCUUCAUCGUGGGCCUGCCCUCCAGCUACUUUGACUCCUACGACCCCCCCGCUGACGUGGUCUGCGUCGACCUGGACACCAACGCGGUCUUUCAGUCGGAGGACAAGAAGCCGUUGUCCUGGCGAUCGUUACCCAGGAAACCGGGAAAGCUUCUUUUCAACACCCUGUGUGACCUACACAAGACCCUGGAGCAGAUCUGCUCUCCGGGGCAGGAGGAGGCCACGCUGGAGUUCUUGCUGACGGACUUUGACCAGGUGUACCGGCGCCGGAAGCAGCUGGAGCUGGAGAUCCAGGAGGCCUUCUUGCGCUUUAUGAGCGUCCUGCUGCGGGGCUACCGCGCUUUCCUGCUCCCCAUAACGCAGGCGCCCUCCGACACUGCCACCGACUGCGGCUCCCUCUUCAACCUGCAGGGUUUCCUGAAAUCUCGCGAGCGCGCUCAGCAGAAGUUCUUCUGCCAGCUGACCCGCACGCAGAUGUUCACGCAGUUCAUCGAGGAGUGUUCCUUUGUCAGCGAGCGCCACGCCUGCCUGGAGUUCUUCGACGAAUGCGUCCAAAAGGUGGACGUGGAGAAGCCGGAGGAGGUGCGCUUGGUGGACGUGGACGACGGUCCCUGCGGCGAACGCACCGUUUUCAUCAUGCCGCCCGAGGAGCCCGCCGAGGAGGACCAGUGCCCGGCCCGCUACAGCUACGACACCUUUCCGGCCUUGAAAGCGGAGCUCUUCGAUCGGCCGCUGGACCGGCUCCGCCUCCCCGCUGAGGGCGGGGCGCCCGGUAGCCCCGCCCCCAGACGCACCAAGCAGGAGCUGAAGGUGGCGCAGCGGCGGGCGCAGACCUGCUGCGGCUCGGCGGACAUGUGGUGCAAGUGCCUGCUGGGUCACAUGUACGGCUUGUGGUUCAUCUGCCUGCCCGCCUACGUGCGCACGCAGAGCGUCAAAGUGGCCGCCCUCCACGCCGCCUACGACGUCCUCAAGCACAUGGAGGGCAGGAAGGUGCUACUGCCCGAUGAGGUGUGUUACAGGAUUCUGAUGCAGCUGUGCAGUCAGUACGGCCAGCCCGUGCUUGCGGUGCGUGUCCUCCUGGAGAUGAAGAAAGCCGGCAUCACGCCCAACACCAUCACGUACGGCUACUACAACAAGGCGGUCCUGGAGAGCAAGUGGCCGUCGACUCAUCGGGGCGGGCGCUUGCUCUGGGCCAAGCUGAGGAACGCGGUGCUGGCCGUGGCCCUUUUCAGGCAGCCCAUCAAACUGCGCGGCGACGGCCCGUGUCGGAACGCCGCCAAACGCCUAACCGGAGACUCUCCGUCGGCCGUCGCCCUCCCCCGCCUGUCUCUGAUUCGGCAGGCCAGCUGGAGCGGCCUGAGCCAAAGCUCUAGCCACGAUUCCCUGACGGGAUCCUUGGCCAAGAGCGGCAGCCUCGGCAGCAUCGAGGCGCCCGCGCGACGUGAGACGCCUUCUUUUGCGUGCCGUCGUCACCCGCGUGACGAAGGUAGGAAUCUCAAACCCGAGCGUCUUUUCGCAGCGGGGGACUCGGGCGACGGCAAGUCGGGCCGCCGCGCCCCGUCCGGCAAGCCUCCCUUGGGCGGCGUCCCGGUGCGUCGAAGCGACAUCUGCUUGUCCGGUUUCUACGCGGAAGCGGCGGAAAACGACAACGAGGAUGAAGAGGCCAGGUCUAGAAGGUGCGCGGCCACACAAAGCGCUGUCGUCAAGACGGCACGCGGCACCUACCACUCCGUCGCUUCCGUUUUCCCCUCCAGAGCGGCGAGCGCUCACGACGCGGCGGCGGACCGGAACGACGACAAAGUGUCGCCGCGCGGCCUGGCGGGAAGGUUGCAGCGGCUCCUGACGCCCACGCGCCACAGAGCGGCGGUCCGACGCGCCGCCAGCGUGGACGAGCGCCGGCCCGGCUCGGGGGCUUCCGUCCGCCGGGCGUCCGAGCAGCGGCGCUCCAGGAAGGCUCGGGAGGCGGGAACGCCGCCGAAGGCCAAACAACGCCUCGCCGACGCCACCUCAGAGAGCUCGCUGUCGCCGAGCAGCGACGUGGACUCGGCGGACGCGCCCCGGCCUCAGCGCGACUCCUGGGAUGCCGAGCGAGACGACGAGGGAACGGAGGUUUUGAUGUCCAGCUGCUCCCGGUGUCGCUCUUGCGGAUUCUUGGUGUACGACGAGGAAAUCAUGGCGGGAUGGACACCCGACGACUCCAAUCUCAACUCCUGUUGCCCCUUCUGCGGCGCCUCUUUCGUCCCCUUCCUCACCGCGCACGUUCGGCGACCUGGCGGCGACGACGGAGUCACGCCUCCCGCGUGUAACGGCGCCUCUGAGACCGACGCGGCGAGCAGCGAGCCGGUGGCGGUGGCGUACGUCAGUCCGCUGGUUCUGCGGAAGGAGCUGGAAAGUCUGCUGGACCACGAGGGCGAGGCGGUGCUCGGGCAGCCGCAGUUCCUGGAGAGCCACUGCAUCAUCUUCUGGAAUCUCCUCUGGUUCUUCCAGCGCUUGGGCCUGCCCAGCCAUCUGCCGAGGCUGCUGCGUCCGGUCGCCCGCCCCCCGCAGUUGGAGGCCUCUCUUCGGGUGAGGCUCCUGUGGGACACCCUGACCCCGGACCCGGACUCCUGGCCCCCUCUCUACGUGCUGUGGCGUCUUCACAGCGGAGUACCCGUGCGCGAUUGGCGCCGCCACAACCACCCGUUUACGUUGUCCUUCCUGGAGGAGGUUCUACGCUGCGUGGGCAUGAACGAGGUGCACAAGGCCGUCACGCUCUUCCUCGACACGGUGCGCCGCCACGCCUGCGAGUCCGCCGCUCCGCCGCCGCUCCGCAGGAGCGUGUACCGAGAGUUGCUGUUUCUAACGCUGGCGGCGAUGGGAAAGGAUCACGCCGCUGCUUUCGACAAGAAGUACAAGGCGGCGUACUCGCGGCUGGCCGGCGUCCUUGGCAAAGAAGAGCUGCGCCGGCGGCGGGCGCAGCCCCCCGGCGCCAAAGCUAUCGACUGCAGACGGAGCUUUCAGCCGCCUCUCCAGUGCUGAUCGCCGGUCGCUUCCCAACUUCCCGCAGUCCUCCCUGUUCAGCGUUUGUUGGAAAAAGAAGUUGAGCCCUCUGAGUAAUGGGGAAAUGUCACAAUAUUGGCUGGAGGAAUUAUUGCUUUUCCCAUGUAAUUUAUUCUGCUGUAAAUGUUUUUUUUUUUUUU